AUGGCCGUCAUGGGUGCUACCCUGCUGCAUGAGUUUAUGCAUGCUGAUGCAAUUGGAAAAGCUGCGCUGGGCAAAGCCAUCAUCGACGUUGACAACGGCUAUGGACCUCUCGAAACUCGCAAUCUCAAGGAUGGCGAGAAUCUCGUCAAUGCCGAUAACUACACUUGGCUAGCAACGGAGAAUCUGUGGAGUAUCAUCUGCCAGAAGAGCUACUCAGCUCCGCGGGACGAAAGAGACACCUCUGACCCUGACUGCGAUGAUAAGACUUGCACUGUGCAGUAG